AUGGCGGGCGGCGGCGACGCGGCCGCCGCGGGAGAGGGCGGCGCGGACGGCUCCGAGCGGGACGGCCGCGGCGAGGGGCAGCAGCCGGGCGGCGCACGGCCCCCGCCGGCGCCGCAGCGCACCGAGACGCUGGGCUUCUACGAGAGCGACCGGCGGCGGGAGCGGCGCCGCGGCCGCGCAGAGCUCUCGCUGCUGAGGUUCCUCAGCGCUGAACUAACCCGAGGGUACUUCCUCGAGCACAAUGAGGCCAAGUACACAGAAAGAAGAGAGCGCGUGUACACUUGUAUGCGAAUACCCAGGGAAUUGGAAAAGCUCAUGGUUUUUGGCAUCUUUCUGUGCCUGGACGCGUUUCUGUACGUGUUCACUCUGCUUCCCCUGAGAGUCUUCCUGGCCCUGUUCAGGCUCCUCACACUACCCUGCUACGGCUUCAGGGACAGACGUUUGCUCCAGCCUGCCCAGGUGUGUGACAUUUUGAAGGGUGUCAUUUUGGUCAUCUGCUAUUUCAUGAUGCACUACGUUGACUACUCCAUGAUGUACCACCUGAUAAGGGGGCAGUCGGUCAUCAAGCUCUACAUCAUCUACAACAUGCUCGAGGUAGCAGAUCGUCUGUUUUCAUCAUUUGGACAAGAUAUAUUGGAUGCGCUCUACUGGACAGCCACAGAGCCCAAAGAAAGAAAGAGAGCCCACAUUGGGGUGAUUCCUCACUUCUUCAUGGCCGUUCUCUAUGUCUUUUUGCAUGCAAUCCUUAUAAUGGUUCAAGCAACAACCCUCAACGUAGCUUUUAACUCACACAACAAGUCACUGCUUACUAUCAUGAUGUCCAAUAAUUUUGUUGAAAUUAAAGGAAGUGUUUUCAAGAAGUUUGAAAAAAACAAUCUUUUUCAAAUGUCCAAUAGCGAUAUUAAGGAACGAUUCACAAAUUAUGUGCUUUUGCUAAUAGUGUGUCUAAGAAACAUGGAACAGUUUUCCUGGAAUCCAGAUCAUCUCUGGGUGUUGUUUCCAGACGUCUGUAUGGUGAUCGCAUCCGAAAUUGCUGUGGACAUAGUAAAGCAUGCCUUCAUCACCAAGUUCAACGACAUCACUGCAGACGUCUACAGUGAAUACAGAGCCAGCCUUGCCUUUGACCUUGUUAGCAGCCGACAGAAAAACGCUUACACUGACUACAGCGACUCUGUCGCCCGGAGGAUGGGGUUCAUUCCUCUCCCGCUGGCUGUCUUGCUCAUCAGAGUCGUAACAAGCUCAAUUAAAGUGCAGGGGAUCCUGUCGUAUGCCUGUGUCAUCCUCUUCUAUUUGGGGUUAAUAUCCCUGAAAGUACUUAAUAGCAUCGUGCUGUUAGGGAAAUCUUGCCAAUAUGUGAAGGAAGCCAAAAUGGAGGAGAAGCUGUGUCACCCUCCCCCAACCAGCACUCCCGGCAAGCCGUGCAGUAAAUCGCAAAACAAAUGCAAACCCGCUCAAGAAGAGACCUUGUCCGCUUCGGUCACCAGCCAGCCGCUCCACCCAAAGGAAAACGUCGUGCCGUUACUUGUGACCAGCAACUCCGACCAGUUUCUGACAACCCCGGACGGCGACGAGAAGGACAUAGCCCAGGAGAACUCUGAACUAAAGCACAGAUCCUCCAAGAGAGAUCUGCUGGAGAUAGACAGGUUCACAAUCUGCGGGAACCGCAUUGACUGACCCAUGGCCGCAGGCGCCCGGCGCACGUCCAGGGCUGCCGGGACGGACAGAGGCUGCGGGUGGCGUGUCAAUAUUUAUUUAAAAACUUAAAUUAUUGGAGAGCAAAUCUUAGUAUCUUUCUUCCAGUCUCGGGGCCCGGCUGAAGGCUGGGGCCGAGCAGCUGCGAGCUCCUCCUGGCCCCCGGCGGGUCGGGCGCCGAGCCCGCCACCUCCUGUAGCUGCGCUUCCAGAAGGCGCCGCGCGCCCCAGGCCGCUCGGCCGAGGACACCGGGUCCUGCAGCUGCCACGCGGGCUUCCCUCCCGCCUCGGACUGUUCCCACGGACUGUCCGGACGACUUCAUCUGCCAAAGCAUUCAACAGAAAUAAUUACACUGAAACUAAAUGUUCUUACCACCAGAGUAACCCUUGAAGAUGUAUCUGAAUUAAUCAGAAUAAAAGACUCCCUUAAAUAAGACAUGAUGAAUAGUAGCAUUUUAUAGAGGAAAAAACCCUCCCUAAGCCAGUUGGUUUAUUUAAAAUAUGAGUUAAUGAAGGUCAUACAUUGCUGAGAAAAUGUCUCAUGAUUUUUCAGUUUACUCUUUUAAGCAAAAUGUGAGCUGUCUGUUGUUGAAUUACAGCAAAUACACUAGCAAUUCCCUUAUAAAAAGGCACUUUUUAUACUGAGCAGUGUUAACUCGAAUGUCUAAUUCACUGGUUUCGCUUUACAACCCAUUGCUUCAUGAAUUGUUAGGAGGAUCGGCUGUUGCACCUGCUGAGGAACAGUCAGUGGGCAAGAUCCAAGGUGUCGUUUGAUGUAAACACCCCUAGGGGGCAGUGGCAGCCUCUUGCCUGGGCUCACAGAACCAUCCGAGUCUCUUUUCAAGUGUGGGGGGCACCUGUGCUGGGGGUGGGGCUAUGCUGUAUGUGUGUGGGUGGU